AUGAUAAAUUGGAAGCAUUUGGCUGUGUCCGUAGCCCUCCCCUGCAUUGCAGGUUGCGCCAACUCUUCCGCGUCGGUCGACGACUAUGAUGUUCUACAAUACAUUAAUCCUCUGAUUGGAAGCGCUAAUGGAGGUAAUGUCUUCGCGGGCGCAACGAUCCCAUACGGCAUGGCCAAGGCUGUCGCCGAUACGGACUCGGUCAAUAAUCAGGGAGGCUUCGCCUACGAUGGCAGUAGUAUUACCGGAUUCUCUAGCAUGCAUGAUUCGGGGACGGGUGGGCAGCCCUCUUUGGGUGUUUUCCCUCUCUUCCCGUACGUGACCUGCAAAGACGACGAUGUGAAUGGCUGCGCUUAUCCCAAGAAGGAGCGGACAACCUCCUAUGACUCUGGAUCGGUCAAGUCUAGUCCCGGGUACUUCGGGCUAAACAUGAGCUCUGGUAUCCAUGUGGACAUGACAACCGCUCAUCAUACGGCUCUUUUUCGCUUUCAAUUUCCGGUGGACAAGCCGUCAAGCCCACUGAUCCUCUUAGAUCUGUCCGACUUGUCGGAUACUCGCCAGGACAAUGGCACUAUUUCCGUAGAUCCUACAACAGGACGCAUGACCGGCCAUGCACGCUUUCUUCCCAGCUUUGGAAGCGGCUCCUAUGUGCCGUACUUCUGCGCCGACUACCAUGGUGCGGGUGAUAUCCGAGAUAAUGGCAUCUUCGUUGAUGCACGGGCCAGCGUAGAUGUCAAAAACCUUACCAUAUCACGGAGCAUCAAUGGAUACCCGCUGCCGGUUCGUAAUGGUGGUGCCUUUAUCCGAUUCAAUUCGUCCGCGGACAAUGUGAUCCAUGCGCGGGUGGGGUUGAGCUUCAUCAGCAGCGACCAGGCAUGUCAAAAUGCAGAAGCUGAAAUCCCCGACUUUGACUUCAACAAGACUCAAACUGCAGCUGUGAACAUGUGGACGGAGAAGAUGGCUCCGAUCCGUGUGUCGCGGAAUGGCAUCAACUCAAGUAUGCUUACCAAUUUCUACAGCGGGAUCUACCGGACCAUGGUCAACCCACAAGACUAUACAGGAGAGAACCCGUUGUGGGACAGCUCAGAGCCCUACUUUGACUCGUUCUACUGCCUGUGGGACUCGUUCCGGUCCCAGAUGCCGUUUCUCACAAUCUUCGAUCCGGCUUCACUCACUCGCAUAAUUCGCUCAUUGAUCGAUACACAGCGGCAUCUAGGAUGGCUUCCAGAUUGCCGUAUGUCGCUUUGCAAAGGAUACACGCAGGGUGGCUCGAACGCCGACGUCAUUCUGGCUGACGCAUACGCCAAAGGCAUCUCAGACGGCAUCGACUGGGAUGCAGGCUAUGCGGCUGUAGUGAAAGACGCUGAGGAAGAACCAUUUGACUGGUCGAAUGAGGGACGCGGUGGACUAAUGAGCUGGAAGACGUUGAACUACAUCCCCGUGGAGGAUUUCGAUUACAUCGGCUUUGGUACCCUAACUCGCAGCAUUUCCCGCACAUUGGAAUACUCUUACAAUGACUUCACUAUCGCCCAAAUGGCUCGGGCCAUGAACAAAACCGGCGAUGCCGAAAAGUACGAGGGAAGGUCGCAAUACUGGCAGAACCUCUUCCGAGCAGACCAAACCUCGUAUCUCAACGGCACCGACACAGGCUUCCGGGGCUUCUUCCAGCCCAAGUAUCUCAACGGAACCUGGGGAUCUCAAGACCCAUUAACAUGUUCCAACAUCGACACAAGCGGACGAUCCUGCUCCUUACAAAACAACGGAGCCGAGACCUUCGAGUCCAGCAUCUGGGAAUACCAAUUCUUCGUCCCCCACGACAUGUCCACCCUGAUCACCCUCCUCGGCGGCCCAACCCAAUUCAUCCGCCGACUCGACUACCUCCACGACCAAGGCAUCACCUACAUCGGCAACGAGCCGGCCUUCCUCACCGUCUUCCAAUACCACUAUGCCAAUCGGCCCGGAAAAUCCACCGCGCGCGCCCACUACUACAUCCCGCGGUACUUCCACCCCACGCCGACGGGCCUCCCCGGCAACGACGACUCCGGGGCCAUGGGCUCCUUCGUCGCCAUGACCAUGAUGGGUCUGUUUCCGAACCCCGGUCAAAACGUCUACCUUAUUACAGCGCCGUUCUUUGAAACAGUCAACAUCACCUCCCCGUUGACGGGCAAGACGGCUACCGUGAAGACGGUCAACUUUGACGCAACUUAUCAGAAUAUCUAUGUUCAGUCGGCGACGCUGAAUGGCCAGCCGUAUACGAAGAGUUAUGUGGGUCAUGAGUUCUUCACGGAGGGGCAGGAGCUGGUGCUGGUGUUGGGGAGGGAUGAGAGUGAGUGGGGGACCGGGGUGGGGGAUUUGCCCCCUUCAUUGUCGACGAAGC